GCCCAAUGACACCGCCUCCAAUUUAGCAGGUUACCUGCCACAGUACGCUCAUGACCGCCUGGUUGCCUUCAAAUCGAGGACUACCGUGUACCGUCCUGACAUCUUGGGAACACCAGAAAAAAGACCGUUCGUGUGCCUGUUCAGCUCCUCGUGGACGAAUGCAAGCAUCAGCCCGGUUCCUUCACAGUGCACCCACGUGGUGCUCAGCGCCGAACCUCUGGACGCACCGAUUUUGGCUGCGAACAGAAGCGAACGUGAAGCAGCGUUAGAGCGCCUCUCUCGGAGCCUCGGACAGGGCGUGAAGCUGUACGUGCGCCUGCAAGGCUGGCAGCGGGACAUCGCCUCCAAAGCACAGGCCGUCCAGGAUGCCAUGAGGCUUUCGUACGCGCGUGGUGUGGCGUUCACUGACAUCCGCAUCGCAUCUACCGAGGUAGCCCAGCUGGCACUAGGGAUUCAGGCGUUGGUGGAGCAGUUGCCAAAAGACACGUCGUUGAUUCUGGGCUUGGAAAUCACCGACUACGAUGAAGCUGGCCAGCUUCUGGCACAACGGCUCGCUCCUAUCUACGAGUACGCUGACGUUGUGGUGCUGCAGACACAUCUGAGGAGUGGACAUAAUUGGCCCUUCUGCCGGACCACCUUUGCUUCCCUAUUCGAUCAUCCAUCUGAUGACUCCUGCCUCCAGACGCCACCAGCGGUCACCGCUCUGAGUUGGAUCAAGCUGGUGCAGCCGUUCUCGGUGCCCACCUGCCUGUCGCUCAACAUGGCCGCUGUGAAGUUCAAGGCAUCGAAAAACGCGACGCCCGAGGCAUCCUGCGAGAACGCCGUAGAGACGAACGACGUCUGCACCGCGCAGGCGUGGCCAAGCGCAGAGGAGUCGAGCUCAGUGCUAGCUGCCUACCGUUACAAGGAUGGCUUCUCGGUUACCAUGGAGACAGCGGAGCUGCUGCGCGAGAAGCUGUCGCGGGCGCAUCGACUUUACCCUCGUUUCUGCGUGGCGCUGUACAACGUGGACGUGGACGCCGAGCCGUGUGAGGGAUCGGACCUCGCCUUUGCACGCGUCGCCCAGAUCGCCGACGCGGCUCAGUACAAGCACCGCAAGCCUACCACAGAGCAGCCAAGGGGAAGGGACUCGGGCGGAAGUCAAGACGACGAGUCUGGGCCGAGAACAGCUGUGCAGAAUGCGACAUCCAGCAAUGCCCUUGUGUGCAUCCUGUCUGCGUCAGCGCUGAACAUGGAAACAUUCCCAAUGCGACUUUGUUCUUACGUGGUCUACACACGCCGAGUAACGCCAGGUGCUCCACCACAGCCAUUUGUCCCCCAAAAUGAUGCCAAGUUCUACAAGUUCGUGCGUCGGUGCGAGGAGACCGAGAGCAAGGGCCUCGUUGCUGUCACGCCUCCGAUGCUGGCUACGCUUUUCAAGGUUAACGCAACGCUCGAUGUUGACGCUCUUAACAGCGUGAUGCGCCGACUGGCCGCCAGCAGGGUUGCAGGUCUUGCUGUUUUCGCGACUCCAAGCACUGACCUUCAAGCACUGGCCGUCAUGACACAGGAGACCUUCAAGGUCCUGAAGGACACGUUCAAGAUGGUCGUCGGGGUGCAUGUCCCCAGCUUUGACGCCCCUGUGCUCAAGGAACUGAGCAAGAACAGCCACUUGCUCGUGCUCUUCACGCACAGCAUGCUUCGGGGUUCUACCUGCACCGUAACGGCUCCCAGCUCCCUAUCCCUCACCCCAACGCACUACGAACUCAUGAAAAAUCUGCCGACGCUAGAAGGCGACCGGCAAUCUUCCACCUGCAUCUCUGUAAAUUUUGCUGUCAUGGGCUUCAAGACACGUUCCUCGAACGCCUCGCUGGGAGACGGCUGCGUUAACAGAAGACUUGAAUCGUAUGACCAUACGUGCUGGGCCGCCGCCAACUUGUGGCAGACGACGUCUCAGCUCGUGCACCGCCACAACAGCAGCUGGGUGCAGACAUUCGAAACGGAGAAGUCAGUUGGCUCCGCGGUGCGUCCCUUCCUGGAGGCGUACCCGCAAGGAUGCGCCGCAGCCGUGUACGCCGACUUCGAGGACGCCUCAGGCACCUGCAGGCCGCGCUACUCGCGAUUGAGGGCGCUGUCUGCACUGAUGGCCACCAAGGCCGCUGAAGCUUCGCUGGCCGCCAACUCCGCGUCGACCACAGCAGAGACUGUUGCAGAUUCACUACCGACAGGUUUGCCGGAAGACAUGAUCUCUACUCACGUCACCAAGCGAAACAAGAUGGUCUGCUUCGUGACGCCAUCCACGCACAUCGUGACCGACGUGCCUGCCGACUCGUGUGACUACCUGGUUCUCUCGACGCAGAACUUCACCGCUGUCGAGAAUGUCACCGAUCAGUUCGGUCGGUGGAAGGAGCUCAUGACCCAGCUGUCGCAGAAGACCCGGCUGGCGCUUGGGAUGAACGCGCGCACACUGGUGUCGCUCUACAAGGGCGACUAUGCGGCCGGCGUGCUUCUGGUCGAGUCCGUACCAUCGUGGCUGAAGCCUAACGGCGGGCGUGCCCUGGCUUUGCUUGCCGGAUCGCUCGCCUCGCAAGACGAGUUGCUGCUCUUCCGCAUUCUCAAGGAUUUGCGUUCAGCUCUCAACCAGGCCGGGAGUCCGGCACCUGAAAUCAUCUUGGCUGUGUCCUCCGACAGCGAGCUUUUCCACAAGGAACUUAUCGAGCUGUCUGACGUGUUCGUACUGGUGGACCACCACAUUCCUCGGGAGGGCGGCUCUCCAUCCUGCAAGGUAGCCUUCCCCUCAGUUUCACCGAGGACAUCGUCAUUGACGUCGCCCAUGCUGAUCGCCAAGGAUCUGAUGCAGAAAGGCGCGGACAACAAGACGUAUUGUAUCAGCAUCAAUCUGGCCGUGCUCAAGUUCGCCACCAACACCGGCAGCCUCAGCCUCUCCAACGGCAGCCACUGCGACUCGGAGGACGAGGUCGCCUACUCCGAGGUGUGCCAGAUGAGCAACGCUGUUCCCGUCUACGAUAUGAACUGGAUGACUGCGUCACUCAAGGCCAGCAGGAAGCUCUACACCUUCGAGAAGGCCGAGAUGUUGCUUUCAAAGGUUCUGUUUCUAAAGGCAUGGUUCCCGAGUCUCUGCGUGGCCGCCUUCCACGCCGAGCUGGACACUGUGGACAGGGAGGCCUGCCCGCAGUCCGAACAGUACGCAAGACUGCUCAGCGUUCGCAGGGGACUCGACUCCGCCGUGCAUGGGGAAAGUCAUUGGAGGAGAGACGCUGCAGACGGUGCCUGACGUGGAGGACAUCGAGUCUGUUUCUCGGUUUUGCAGAGGAAUCAGCGCCCACGUUUUUGUUACAUUAAUUUAAUAAUACACUUGGCCCCCGGUGUCCUAGUUCCAUGCUGGUGCUAUUGUUUCCUUUAGUACUACGCAAAACUG